GAAUUGCAGCCACACUUAAAAAUAAACCGAAGAGAGAUGGAUUCAGACGAUUUGUCGUCUCAAAUUGAAUUAAAUAUAACUAACAAAAAUGAGAAUGGCCAAAUAGUGCUCAACGAUCUACGGCUUUUAGAGUUAUUGCACAUGUAUCCCUAUCUAUUCAGCAAGCAAGUUCGUCCGCAACAGGAUGCUGACUACGACGAGUGGGGAUGGCAACAGAUAGCCAAACAGUUUAAUGCUAGUUACGAGAAUCUAAAUUUAAGUGCACCAUUUUCCGUGGAGGAAUUGCAAUGGCGUUGGGAUAUACUACGGCCUCUAUUGGCCACUCUGUCCAAGCACUUUACCAACAUACCCCCAGAGCUGGCUAGCAUUAUGCAGAAAAUCAGUCAAAUGUUGAAUGCCCAAAAACCGCAUAAUGUAAAAACCUCUCUAUACGGGGGUUUUCUUCUUGAUCAAUUGCCAUUUGUGGAGGCUCUUUCCCAGUUACAACGUCGACGUUUGGAAGUCGAGAUUGUGGAUGCUAUAUUACAAACUGAAUUGCAUCUAAAGACCCCAGUGUUAACGAGCAGUAAGGACAAAGAGCUUGUACAGUCCGAGUAUGACGCGUUUUUGAAGGACAUACGAGUGAAAGAGCUCCCAUCAGAUACACUGCAUCGGUUGGCUACUCCAGCGGGUGGACUGUUUCUGCCAGCGAAUCAUCCGUCAUCGGUCAACUUAACUAAUGUUUCGACCGAUAUGGCAACUAGCAGCAAAAAUAAUAUAGUUAGCAACGAGCACACGAAUCUAGUAAUAAGCAGCGUUUACACUGCAACCCCAUCUCCAUCUGAAUUUGCUGCCCCCAAGCAACCUUCUCCACUCCCAGCGGCACAGCCGUCCCCACCGCCCUGUAUUAUUAAAGUUGAGCCUCCAGAUGAAAUGGAUCCCACGCCACAAUCCAUUCCUCCAGCAGCACCCACUAUUAGUAUUAAGCCCGAUCAACCGCCUGUGCGAUUUGUGCCUAUCAAGAGCGCCAAAUACUAUGUCAAGAAAGUGCGAGUUUUGAUGAAACGUCAAAAUCUGGACGAUUUUAUCCCUCUUGCCAAAAUAAGAAGAAGAAGAAGGUGAAACAAAGUUGCUUAAAUUUUAUAUCAAAUGCACAUAAGUUUUAUUUUAUUUUUUUGUUUAUUAAUAUUAUCAUUAAAAAAUACAAUUACUAUAAAUUACAACCUAAAGCUAGAGUUCGAUUCAACACAAA